AUGGUUGUAUCUCAUCACUUGUCUGCUGAGGGUCCUCUGUUCUCAGAUCCUACUCUUUACAGAUCUCUAGUUGGUUCCCUUCAAUACUUGACCAUCACACGACCAGAUAUUGCCCAUGCUGUCAACUCUGUCAGUCAAUUCCUGCAUGCUCCAACAACAGAUCAUCUUCUCACAGUCAAGCGAAUUCUUCACUAUAUCAAAGGCACUCUUCAUUUUGGCAUCACUUUCUGCUCCUCUGCCACUCCCACUGCUCUCAUUGCCUACUCUGAUGCUGAUUGGGCAGGAUGCCCUGAUACUCGCCGGUCUACCUCCGGUUACUCCAUCUAUCUUGGAGGAAAUUUGAUUUCUUGGAGUGUUAAGAAACAACCCACAGUCUCUCGUUCAAGCUGUGAGUCUGAAUUCGGCCCUUGCACAUGCUGCUGCUGA